ACAACUUCUUGUCCACUGGAGGUAUAUUUUAUCUGCCACUGGGGCCUCUAAGAGAGCACUUUUGUUGUGUUUUUUCAAACAUGGGGGCUGAAUUUCUCAAAUGUAAAGCUGUUGUACUGUAUGGUUAAUUCUAUAUGAACUUUAGGAACAUCAAUGUUAAUAUGUGUCCACACAUCAACUAAAGCUGGGCUUAUGACCUUAAAGUAAUAUAAUCGAAUUUUACGGCCAUAUCGCAGUACACAUUUAGACUUUCAUAUUUUGGCAUCUCAAUCACAACGUUUUUAACCAAAAAGGCCCUACUUUGAUAUCAAUUUUCCAACAAUAUUGUAUGGGUGACUAUUAGUACUUUCAUGAACUACUAACACAAUGAGAUUUCUGAUAAAUUUUCAUCAGUUAUGUGAAUGUAAUGACUAAGUGGGUAAAGACAAAUAUUAGUCUGAGAAGUACAGAAAAUGACUUCACUUUACUAUCAAGCAGCAAUCAAAACCAGGAAAAGAGGACAAUUGUUAAACUCUAUGACUUAACAAAACAUAGUCUCAUAUCAGGAUAACAAAUCCACUACAACAUUGGAUGAAAUAUCAGGAUAAUUCCAGCAGAUCUCCCGGGGACUGGCCCCUUUGUGAGGGUUUUAUUGUCUGGGAGGAGCAAAUGUAAAUGCUGAGGUCAAAGGAGCUGUUGGUAGAAUCAGAUGUCUCCAGACAGAAGACAGAGACAGAGGAGGGCUGAGAAAUGAACACAUGACUGUUGAUGAUGAAACAAAUCUGAAAAAAAUAACACCUGAAGCUCGGAGAUGACCUGGGGAAGAACAGCAAGUGAGGAGAGCAGCACUGGCUCGGAGCUGGAGGUGUAUUUCACCGCACACACGUCUUUCUUCCGCGAGGUCAGAGGAUCAGCGGAUGAACACAUCGACUGGGGUAAACAGAAGCUGACUGCUGGUGAGAUUCAACACAAGGUUAAGGAGUAUAAUGCACAGACCAACAGCAAUCUCUACAUGGUGGUCGUAAGUGACUGUAUUCGAAUUUGUAAUAGUUUGCAGACUUUUAUUUUUAAUAUUGAGUCCGUUUCUUACAUUCUUGCAAAACAAACUCUGUCCACCUUGCAGAACAAAGACGGGUCCUACACUGGUUUCAUCAAGGUCCACUUUCAGUUGGUCCGGCCCAUCUCCCUCCCUCCUCGUCAGAGCCUCUGCUCGUCACAGGAGGAGGAUCAGCGGGGCAGACGGCUGAAACGGCGGACGUCUUUCUACCUCCCCAAAGACACUGCCAAGCACCUGCAUAUAAGCUCCCGAACGCGCGUGCGAGAAGUCAUCGAGGCGUUGCUCAACAAGUUCACCGUGGUGGACAACCCAGCCAAGUUCGCCCUGUUUGAACGCACCGAGAGGCACAGUCAAGUGUGCAUGCGUAAGCUGUCCGCCGACGAGUGUCCCCUCUACCUGCGCUUGUGUGCCGGCCCCAGUGAGAAAGUCUUGAGUCUGGUUCUGAAAGAGAAUAACACAGGGGAAGUGAACUGGGAUGCGUUUAGCUUCCCCGAGUUGUGCAACUUCCUGCGGAUCCUGAAGCGCGAGGAAGAGGAGCACGUGCGGCAGAUUGUGAGGCGCUACGCUCUUGCUAGAGACGUGAUGAAGCAGGCCAUGGCAAAGAUCAAUGCCCCUGGUUGACGCUGAGGGAUCCGACUCAGCCUCGUGUUUAAUGAAGAAAAAACAUUCUGCCACAGCAAAGAGUGUUAUCAGCAAUGUAAAAGGGAAGGAAAGAGCUCAGAUGAUGAAAUGUUGUUGAUGAAGCAGUGUUACGUAUAAUUUGAACUACUUAAUGGUUUAGGGGCCUGCAAUUAUGCGCAAGCCGAGUCACUGUUAUGAACUGAAUGGGGGAAAAGUAUGAUCAUGGACUUAACCGGAUGCAGUUCUUUCUUAAAAGCCAUGCUGCUCGACUCAAUUAUUUAUAGUGGUAUUAAAAACACAAUGUUAGUCUUUCUUGUCAUUUAUCAUGUGAUAUUUAGUUUUAUUUUUAUUCUGUGAGGCCGUUUUUAAAUGUUGGCACUUUAAUGAACCUGUGACACAGAUUAGGGCAAAUUGAGAUGUGAAACAAUGUGUUUACAUUCUAAUUAUCUAAUAAACUGAAGUCAGUACAACA